AUGACAAGCUCGCAGAGCGAAGUAGAUGAUGUGCUGCGGGUUUGGCUGGCCAGCAACCCCUCAGUUGUAGGUUACGUGGUUAUAAACACAGACGGCAUUCCUAUCAGGCACCAUGAAAAACUUUCCAGAGAGCGUGCUGUCCACUACACUGCACUUUUGACUUCUUUCUGUGCGAAAGCACGGCAGUGCAUGCGCGAGCUCUUCACGACUGAUGGGGAACUCACAACGGUGCGUCUCCGUACGAAAGAAGGCCUUGAGUUCAUUACUUGCCAGCUUAUCUCCGGAUAUGCCCUGAUUGCCAUCCAAAAUUGUACAGAGAAGCCGUAUGACAAUGGUGAUGCCAGCCAGUCAGCUGCACCUGAGGGGCAAGAAGCCUAA